AUGUCAUCCCAACAGCAGAGCACCAUGGACCGCUUCAUCACACGUCCGAAGCACAACUUAGCCGCCUGGCAGCUCAAGCCAAACAAACGGCCAUUCGUAGUUGGCAAUGCGCCGUACUCCUCGCCACCCAAGGACCAUGUCCUGAUCCAGGUCAUUGACGUAGCUAUCAAUCCGAUUGAUUGGAUUCUUCAGGAGAACGACAUCUUCGGCCUCAAGUAUCCUGCCAUCCUCGGUGAUGACGUUGCUGGUGAGAUCGUGGAAGUCGGUGACGGUGUAGAGGACUUGCAUGCUGGACAGCGAGUCAUAGCCAUCAACACAUCUCGUGGUGUCGUCCUCCCUCUCGGCAUCUCGACAGCGGCUGCAGGGCUCUACCAAAAAGGCUAUCUCAACCUACCGUUUCCGACCGAGAAGCCAGAUGCUCAGGACCGUACAGUCAUCAUAUGGGGAGGCAGCUCAAGCGUAGGCUCUUGUGCAAUUCAGCUCGCUGUGGCCUCUGGUCUGCAUGUCGUGACGACAGCCUCUCCUAAAAACUACGACUACUGCAAGGAUCUCGGUGCGAAGCAUUGCUUUGACUAUCAUGAUGAGGAUGUCGAGGACCAGAUUGUGAAGGCAUUAGAGGGCAAGACCAUCGUCGGCGCUUACCAUGCUGUUGGUGGUGAUGGUGCUGUGCAGAGUUGUGCAAGGAUCGUGGAUCGUACUAAGGGAAAAGCCAUCGUUGUCACUGUGCGUGGCGUGCCGGAGAAAGGUAUUCCAAGCUCUGUGAGAGCGAAGUCGAGUAAGUCCCCAUUUACAUAUUCCAGUGCUGAGGCCAUUGCUGAUGCACGAGUUAGUCUCGUCAAGUGCGAUCUUCACGAACGAAGUUGGCCCAUACAUUUGGCGUAA